CAGGCACCCGCAGCCAACGCCUCCUCCCCGCGCCCCCAGGAUGGAGCCGCCGGCCCGGCCCGAGGCUGGCGCAAGGUACCCAAGCAAGGGCAGGAGUCAUGAAGAGGCCCGUGCCUUAGCUGCAACCUUUUGAGCCACAAGAGCGAGAGAUCAACAGUGCGGACCGGCUGGGACCAUUGCUACGCUUGGUGGAGCCAAUGAGGAAUGGGCUUGUGAUUAUGCUGACGAUCCAGCAUGAAUCUGGUAGACCUGUGGUUAACUCGCUCCCUCUCCAUGUGUCUCCUCCUACAAAGUUUUGUCCUCUUGAUACUGUGCUUUCAUUCUGCCAGUAUGUGUCCCAAGGGCUGUCUCUGUUCUUCCUCUGGGGGUCUCAAUGUCACCUGUAGCAAUGCAAAUCUCAAGGAAAUACCUAGAGAUCUCCCUCCCGAAACAGUCUUACUGUAUCUGGACUCCAAUCAGAUCACGUCUAUCCCCAAUGAGAUUUUUAAAGACCUCCAUCAACUGAGAGUCCUCAACCUGUCCAAAAACGGCAUUGAGUUUAUUGACGAGCAUGCCUUCAAGGGCGUAGCUGAAACCUUGCAGACGCUGGACUUGUCCGACAACCGGAUUCAAAGCGUGCAUAAAAAUGCCUUCAAUAACCUGAAGGCCAGGGCCAGAAUCGCCAACAACCCCUGGCACUGUGACUGUACGCUACAGCAGGUUCUGAGGAGCAUGGCGUCCAACCAUGAGACAGCCCACAACGUCAUCUGCAAGACUUCUGUGUUGGAUGAGCACGCCGGGAGGCCAUUCCUCAAUGCUGCCAAUGAUGCUGACCUUUGUAACCUCCCCAAAAAAACGACUGACUAUGCCAUGUUGGUCACCAUGUUUGGCUGGUUCACCAUGGUGAUCUCGUAUGUGGUAUAUUAUGUCAGGCAAAAUCAGGAGGAUGCCCGCAGACACCUUGAAUACUUGAAAUCCCUGCCGAGCAGGCAAAAGAAAGCAGACGAACCUGACGACAUUAGCACUGUGGUAUAGUGUCCAAUCAGCCUGGCACUGAUAAAGAGAGUAGUUUGUGAUUGCCGUAGAAUAAGUGGUUUACUUCCCAUCCAUUGUAAACAUUGAAAACUUUGUAUUUCAGUUCCCUUUGGAAUUUUGCCACUGUUGAACUUGAACAAACACUCCAUCAUAACAAAUGAUUUUAGUUUAGGUGAUCCGCCCCUUUAAUUGUACCCCUGGUGGUAUGUUCUUGAGUAAUCUGGACAUUAGUUAGUCCCAUCUACUAUUUAAUAAUGAAAUUUAUUUUUUUAAUUUAAAACCAAAUAAAUCCUUAACUUUGAA